AUGUGUGAUAACAAUCAUUACGAUGAUUUGGCGUUCUUUGAGAACCAAGCUUGCAGCUUUAUUUUUGCAGGAAUAGAAAUGAAAAAUCUUGAUCUGAAAGAUCUUGAAUUGAAGACUUUUUAUCUACAUUUCCAAAUGAAAACGAUAAGAUGGAAUAUUCCGGAUAUAUUUAGUAUCACCUUGAAUACUUCGCAGAGUAUUCAAAAGUGUUGUAGAAUUUAUCUUUUAACUUAUCUAAUUACGUACUCACAUCAACAAGAUGUUGACAAAAGUAUUAAAAAUGAUUUACAUACAAACAAUUCGGGGAAGUUUUUAAGAGUUUUGAACAAUGGCAAAGAUGAGAUGUGA